AUGUUUAUCUCUCCGGUAAACGACUCCAACAUCGUCUCAAAAGUCAUACACACACCCAACGACUCUUCCUUCUCCUCCGUCCUAUCUUUAACUAUACAAAACCCGAGAUUCUCCUCACCCGGUACACCUAAACCGGUUUUAAUCCUAACUCCGGUUCAGCCUUCACAUGUUCAAUCAGCGGUUAAAUGCGCACGCCGGUUCGGUAUCCACAUCAGAACCCGAAGCGGAGGACACGACUACGAAGGCCUAUCUUACGCCACCCACAAGCCCUUCGUAAUCCUCGACUUAACCAACCUCUGGUCCAUCACAGUCGCCGUCGAUAACCGGUCGGUUUGGGUCCAAACCGGAGCCACGAUCGGUGAACUAUACUACGAGCUCGGUAAAAUGAAUAAAACUUUAGCGUUCCCCGCCGGAGUUUGCCCCACCGUCGGCGUCGGAGGACACUUCAGCGGCGGAGGGUACGAUACCCUCCUGAGAAAACACGGUUUAGCCGCAGAUCACGUGAUAGACGCGCGUGUGGUCGACGCGCGCGUGAGGGUUCUUGAGAGGCGAGAGAUGGGCGAAGAAUUCUUCUGGGCCAUUCGCGGAGGCGGUGGCUCGAGCUUCUGUGUCGUGCUUUCGUGGAAGGCCUUUUGGGAGUAA